AUGACUGGAUCCUCAUGUACCCUCAUCAGUCCCUAUUACCACAGAGCAGUGUACUGGUGUGAGUCUGGAUCUGGACAGUUCAGCAAUGCAGUCGACAUCACUCUAAACUGUACAUCUAACCUGAAUGACUCAGUGAGGCCCUCUGACGAGCCUGUGAAUGGUGCAAACGACGACCAACACGUCACCUACUCCCUCCUGGAAUUUAAAAACUCCAGAAACAAGAAUUCUCACCCAGUAGCGUCUCUCACAGUGAGUCCUGACAGAGAGCAACUUUUUACUAUUGAUGAAAUUCAACUGAAUUGUAAAGGAAACUCUGCUGACUGGAGAGUGAAGAGGCUUACAGAUUCAUCCGCCCAGUCAGAUCUAUCGGACUGCGCCAUCUGGGGAACAAUGACUGGAUCCUCAUGUACCUUCAUCAGUCCCCAGUACCGCAGAGCAGUGUACUGGUGUGAGUCUGGAUCAGGACAGUUCAGCAAUGCAGUCAACAUCACUGUAAUCAAUGAAGAUCUUCUCCUGAUGAGCCCCGUCCAUCCUGUGACUGAAGGAGCUUCUGUCACUCUGAGCUGCAGACGGAGAGGAGAAAACAAACUUUCUAAUGUGAUUUUCUAUCAUGAUGACAAACUGAUCCAAAAUGACAGCAGAGGAGAGCUGAAUAUCUCUGCAGUGUCUCAGUCAGAUGAAGGUUUCUACAAGUGUAAACACUCAGGAAAAGUUUCACGUCAGAGCUGGAUGGCUGUUAAAGCUACUAAACCUGUGUUAACUCCUGGAAGCUCUUCAUUUCCUGUGCUGUUUGUCGUUGGCUCAGUGAUUGGAGUCGUUCUCUUCAUUCUCCUGUUGCUGCUGUGUCGGUUCAGACAGACCAAAGGUGACAACCUGAAGUAG